AUGGCUAAUAGGAAUUCUUUUUUUGGCGCUUUAGGCUAUAACCUUAAAUUUAACGAAUCCAUUGAAAAGUUUGCAUUAUCAUACAUAUUUAUUUAUUAUAAAAAUAGUAAGAAGGAGAGGGUGUAUUCUUCAGAUGAAGCUCUCAAUGAAACUUCUUUAAUUUUUGUUAACAAAAACAUUUUAAAUUUUGUGGACAUAUAAAUAGCCUUAUUAAAAUUUUUAUUUUCUAAAAUUGAAAAAUUUAGGUAAUAUAUUAAUUUGUUCUUCAAAAUCAAGUAAAUAUAUAAAAAAUAUUUUUAAAUUCAUCCGAGCAUUGUCUGUCUAUUCACAAUAUUUUUUGUAUUAUUAUUAUUAUUUUCCUCCAUUAUUCUCCCAUUUUGUCUGUUCAAUUUCCUUCAAGCAAAAAUAAAUUUAUUUUCUGCGCAAAGUAAUUAUAAAUUUAGUUUUUGUUGUCUAUUAUUAAAUGCCAAUUACUAUUUAAAAUUUGGGAGAGGAUGUAUUUUGGGAGGGAUAUUUCGGGAGCUUGUU